CAAAGGAAAUUUCACAACAGAAAAGUGUAAAGCCACUCAAGGCAUCUAAAGCUUUAAAAAUGAUUAAAACAAAUCUGCUCAUCAGUACACUGAUCUACCCAAAUCUUAUAAUGAUCCUCAUGACUAGUCAGACUCUGGCUUUUAUGCCUGCUUUGUCAAAACCAAUGACACACCAGGACAUAACCCGAGUUGCAGUUUUACAGACAACGGCCGAUGUGUGCAGAUCACGAGCACUCCAGGAGGGCUGGAAUUUUGUUAUGCCAAACCCGCUGACGGUGAAGUCAGUGGCAGAAAGCUGUUACUCGUCCGAUUCAGCCAAAGAUUUUCAAAGUAGCCUUAAUAAGAUAAAUCAUCACAAUGCCUGGGUCGAUUUUUGGAAUUUUUUUACUCCAAGUUACCAUUUUGACAAUGAGAUGUUUUUAGCUGGACGGAAACUCAUUACAGACGGAGUCUCUGUUGUAAAAUACAGUGUGAAAAAGCAAAGCUAUCAAACUGCCAGAGCGGCACUUGGUAAAGUUCUACACACUUUGCAGGAUUUCUACAGUCAUAGUAACUGGAUUGAACUGGGAAAGACACAACCAUAUUCUAAUCUGAUUAAACCAGACACACUAAUUGAAAACAUAGCAGAUUCUAAAACCUGCAGUCAGUGCAGUAGUAGCGACUGCAUAGGAAACAUCCUGGAGAUGGUCAUUACACAGAAUAAAUUAACAUCAGGAUAUUUUGGUUUCUUCAAACCAAAAGGAAAGUGCAGUCAUGGAGGACUUGCUGAUCCAUCAAGUUGGUGGCAAGGAGGAAUAAAUAAGGAUUCUUCCUCCUCCAGUCACGGAUAUCUACAUUCUAAGGCGGCAUCAGUAGCCACUGCUGCGACCAAAGAACUGCUGCAGGACAUUCGAGCAUCAGUUGGAGAUUCUGAAUUUCUUAGAUUGAUGGGACUCACUCAGUCUUCAGUGCUGUGUUUUGUUAUUGACACCACUAGCAGCAUGUCUGAUGACAUUGCGGAGAUCAAACGAGUGACUUCAUCUAUCAUUGACAGUAAAACUGUCACAGAAGCUCAACCUUCAGAAUAUAUCCUCGUGCCAUUUAAUGACCCUGAUUUUGGACCACUUACAAGAACUACUGAUCCUAUCGUAUUUAAAAAGAAACUAAAUGCACUUACAGCUAAUGGUGGAGGAGAUGCUCCUGAAAUGAGUCUGUCAGGACUACAGCUUGCUCUCACUGGAUCUCCACCGGAGAUGGAGAUUUUUGUUUUCACCGAUGCUGAUGCAAAAGAUAAAGAGUUGACGAGCACUGUGCGAGCACUAAUUGAGAGAACAAAGUCCCAAGUGACCUUCAUGCUAACUAACGGCUUUAGUUCUCGGCGUCGCAGGAGUGCAGUGCCCGUAGAUGGCCAACAGCAAGUGCUUAAUGAGGUCUAUAAAGACCUGGCGGAGGCCUCUGGAGGACAGGCUAUUGAGGUCACCAAAAAAACACUGUCGCAAGCCACAGAUAUUAUUGCAGCUACCUCCAGAUCUACACUGGUCAUUAUUUUUCAAGCGAUUAGAAACCCAGGCAAGCCUGAAAACUUCCCAGUUUUUGUGGAUUCUUCUGUGAAAAACCUGACAAUUUACAUAACUGGCAGCUCACCAUAUUACACCAUCACCAGUCCUUCAGGAGUCUCACAGAGCAGCACUGAACUCAUUGGCAGUUUGGGAAUCAUUCAGAAAGUUGGUAAUUUCCAUAAAGUGCAACCAAGUAUCACAGAGCAGACUGGAGUGUGGCUCUUCAGUAUUAAUUCAACACAGUCCUACACCAUCAAAGUUGUUGGUCAAAGCGACAUUGACUUCCUUUUUGAAUUCAUUGAAUUGUCCCAAGGGCCUCAUCCAAGCUAUACUGUAUUAAACAGCAGGCCUGCAGCAAACAAUAAUAUCACCUUGUUGGUGACCAUGGUUGGUGUGGACAGCGUGAGGCCAACAGAGGUGUCUCUGAUCCAAGCUUCAAAUUCAAACUCAGUAAAUGGGACACUAGAAGAGGUAUCCAGUGGACAGUACUUGGUGACCUUUAAUGGCAUCCCAGCGGGAGAGUUUACGGUGCGUGUAGUUGGACAGCUCAGUUCUACAAGAUCUUUAGGCAACACCUUUCAGAGACAGACACCAACUCAGUUCCAAACAUCAACUGUGACCAUUACGACUCAACCUGUUGGAACAGCGGAACCAGGAAAGCAACUGAUUCUGCCGUUCACAGUGGCAACCAGUGGCCCUGGAGGACAUUUUACUAUCAGUGUCAACAAUGAUCAAAACUUUGACACUCGCUACAAUCCAUCUAUAACUGUCAAUAGUGGGGACAGCACGAAUGGCACAGUAACUCUGACUGUACCUAAUACUGCUUCCUCUGGAACUGAUGUCACUCUGACGAUACAGGCUGAAGCAACUGGUGGAAGCGACUCCAACUAUGCUGUGCUGCGCAUUGCUGUUAUAGCUCCGGUAACAGAUUUUACUCCUCCAGUAUGUGAGGCCGUUAGCUUGAAUGCUAACUGUUCAGGCAACUGUAGCCUCUCCACAUGGUACCUCACUGCCAACGUGACUGAUAGAAGUGGAUCAGGUGUUGAGAAUGUAAGAGUCCUCUAUGGAAACGGCAACCUCAGCACCACCACUGUGCUCAAUGACAGAGGUGUGAACGUCACUAUGGUCAUCUACAGCUCCUCCUGCUGUUCCUCAGACCUGGAACUGGUUGUUGUGGAUGCAGAGGGAAAUGUUGCUACCUGCUUUACGACUUCAAGAGCUGCAAAAGAAAUCACAAGUGGUACCACUAAGCGAGGCAGCACUAAUGGUGUAAAAUGUUGCCUGUUUCUCCUGGUCUUGUAUUAUCUUUGGUCUGACAUUUCCAGCCAUAUGUAGUUCUUCCCCGAGCACAAAGCUGAAUGCACAGAAUUGGAACACUGACUACACCCAAGGCUUCCUCACUCAGUACCUUUACAUCCACUCUUGUGGCCCAAUGAGCACAAACCUCCACAAACACACUUAAAAAUCAGUUGUCUACAAAUUAUUGUGGUCAGGUGCCGACAGACUUUUGCCCAUAUAGUGUAUUUAUGUUUAAAAGCAAACAAUCAGAAACUGCAUUCAAACCUGAGAGGAAAUACUAAUGGUCUGUUAUUUACUUAAUGGCAUUAAAUUAAGUUUUGCUAAGUUUGUUUAACAAAAUGUUUUAAAUCACUGAUUUGUCUGUGAUUGACUAUCAGUGACAUUUAACUUUAAGAAUCAAAAUCUAAAUCGUAUUUUAUUUUUUUCCGCUUUUAUUCUGCAAGCACUAGGGAAUAUCAAUCAGGGUAAAAUGUUUGAGUCUUUUGUUGUUACAAUGUUUUAUGCUCAUAUGUAAUACAGGAUUAUAAGGUUUUUGUAAUUAAGCAUUCAUUAAAAAAUUUACGUUUAUAUAUUUUUUUAAGCUGGAUCAGGUGCUGGUACUAAACUCCUAAGGGAUUUAGAGUUGAUAAGUAAAGCAUCAAACUGGUAGACAAAGAUUGAUUUAUAGCCAUCUAUAGGUAUAAAGUACUGUAUGUAUUAUAUGUACUGAAUUAAAAUUUCUUUUUUUGUGCAUUUUUCCCCUUUCG